AUGGUAUGGGAUUCAUACUUGCAAGCCCCCAAGGAGGAAUACUUCAUCCUCUAUUUUUCCUCGUACACAUCAAAUGUCUCGGUAGUGUGCAAUUGUGAAUCUGUGGAAGUUUUAAUAGGUUUCUGGUACAAAGCCACGAUUGGAGCUGAUUUUGUCACCAAGGAGCUUCAAAUCGAUGACAUGCUCAUCACACUGCGAUUUCUAGUCUUUGUGUCUGUGUGUGCUUUAAAUUUGGGACACUGCUGGGCAAGAAAGGCUAGCCUAUGGGAUCCAACUGCAUUCCAGUUCAUAUUGCUUGGUAACAAGGUUGAUAUUGAUGGAGGAAACAGUCAAGUGGUAUCAGAGAAGAAAGCUAGAGAAUGGUGUGCUCAAAAGGGAACAUAUUCUAUUAGGAGACAUCGACAAAAGAAGAUUACAAUGGGAUUCAAGAGUCUGGUUCAGAGCCUGAGUAAAGAGGAGGAUGUGCUUGCUGAGGAGAAACAUUUAUCUUAA